GUGUCUGGUACCACUGACUGCACACCACCACGCCAGGCCAGGCCGCCGCCAACAUGGCCAAGAAAAAUAAGCCCAAACAGCUGGACAACGAGGACGAUGGAGGCCAGGAGGAGGAGGAGCCGGACUUUAGUGACCCCGAGGACUUCGUGGACGACAUUACCGACGAGGAGCUGCUGGGUGACCUCUUGCGGCAGAAGCCCAAGGAGACCGAUGGCGUGGAGAGUGUGAUCAUUGUGGACGGCGUGCCAAGCGUCGGGGCGGAGCGGCUGGAAAAGCUGAAGAAUGUGGUGCGUAAGAUCUUCAAGGAGUACGGGACGCUCAUCAACGAGUACUACCCCACCAAUGAGGACGGGAAGACCAAGGGGUACAUCUUCCUGGAGUUCAAGGACCGAGCGGCAGCGGAGGAGGCGGUGCGGCAGCGUAACAACUACAAGCUGGACAAGCAACACACCUUCCUCUGUAACCUGUUCACUGACUUUGAGAAAUACGACAACAUCCCCGAGGAGUUCGUGGCGCCCGUGCCUGAGCCAUACAAGGACCUGGGCAACAUGAGCUAUUAUCUUCUGGACGAGAAUUGCUUUGACCAGUUCUCCAUCAUCUUCGACGGGGGCACCACCACUGCCAUCUACCUCAACGCAGUGCCUGAGGCCAUGGAGAUCGCCAAGAGGGAGCGGUGGACGGAGACCUACGUUCGGUGGUCGCCGCGGGGCACCUACCUGGCCACCUUCCACGGCAAGGGUAUCGCGCUGUGGGGCGGCGAGGAGUUCAGGCAGGUGCAGAAAUUCAGUCACCCCGGCGUGCAGUUCAUCGAUUUCUCCCCGUGUGAAAAGUACAUUGUGACGUUCUCGCCCCACGUGGACCAGCGUUCGGAGGAGCCCCAGUCUAUCAUCAUCUGGGACACGAGGGCGGGACAGAAGAAGCGCGCAUUCAACGCUGAGCGACCACCCGUCUGGCCUGUCUUUAAAUGGUCCAGCGAUGACAAGUACUUCGCGAGGAUCUGGGAGGAGUGCGUUAGUGUGUACGAGACCCCGUCAUUCGGGUUGCUAGACAAGAAGAGCAUUAAGGUAACAGGCAUCAAGGACUUCAGCUGGUCGCCCACAGACAACAUUCUGGCCUACUGGAUCGCCGAGGACAAGGAUGUGCCCGCCAAGGUGUCCCUCGUCUCUAUACCCAGCAGGGAGGAGGUCCGCACCAAGAACCUCUUCAACGUGGCCGACUGUAAGAUGCAUUGGCAGAAGUGUGGAGACUACCUCUGCGUCAAGGUGGCCCGCUAUGCUAAGGCCAAGCGCGAGAAGACCGAGGUGAAAUACUCCGGUAUAUACUACAACUUUGAGAUCUUCCACAUGAGAGAGAAGGGGAUACCUGUGGACAGCCUGGAGAUUAAGGAGAAUAUUCAGGCCUUCGCGUGGGAGCCCGUCAACAACAAGUUCGGCAUCAUCAGCGGGGAGCCUCCGUCCGUGAAUGUGACCUUCUUCCAAGUCAACAAGGGCCAGGCGCCGACGGAACUGAAGAAGCUGGAGAAAAGACCGUGCAACAAUCUCUUCUGGUCACCUCAGGGGCAGUUUGUGGUGCUGGCCGGGCUCAGGAGCAUGAACGGCGCGCUGGAGUUCAUCGACACCAAGGAUUUCCAGGUCAUGAUGAGCACGGAGCACUUCAUGGCCACGGACAUCGAGUGGGAUCCAACCGGCCGCUACGUUGCCUCCUGUGUGUCCUGGUGGGGCCAUAAGGUGGACAACGCGUACUGGCUGUGGUCAUUCCAGGGCAAGAUUCUGAAGAGGCAGACGGUGGACAAGUUCUGCCAGCUGCUGUGGAGGCCGCGUCCGCCCCCACUCCUCACCACACAGGACAUCAAGGACAUCAAGAAAAACAUGAAGAAAUACGCAGCCAACUUCGAGGUCCAGGACAAAAUGCGGUUCAGCAAGGCUUCGCGCGAGAUCAUUGAGAAGCGACAGAAGGAGAUGCAGACCUUCACUGAGUACCGGCAGCGCGUCAUUGAGCAAUUCGAGGCGGACAAGGAACAGCGGCUUAGGCUCAGGAAUGGUCAAGACACAGACACCCUCACCUCCAACGAGAACGACUUCGAGGAGGAGACCGUCGAGUUCUUAGUGAAGAAAGAAACAAUUCCGGUUGAGGAGUAAGGAGCAGACCACCACCCACACCACCACCACCACCACCACCAGCUGUGAGGGCGACAACCACCAUCACCACCAGCGCUACUACUGCUACUACUACUACAACUACCACCAUUGUUGUUGUUUUCGUAGCAGCGGCGGCGGCCAGGCUAAACGAGGCAGCAGUUAAAUAUAAAAAUCGUAAUUGUAAUAAAAUAUCCAAGAGGAAUUUAUUGGGUUUUUUCAAGACUUUCGUGAGAUAUUGAGAAGUUACGGAAGGGUUAAAAAGUUCACAAAUUUUAAAGUUAUCCACAAAAAAAGAGAAAGAGAGAAAAAGGAAGCCGGUACACACGCUCACCGUCUCGUGUGCGUCUGUGUGCGUAUUCCGUUUUUUUUACUUUGUGUGCGUGUCUGUGUGUGUGUGUUUGUGUACGUUUCAAUUCCUCACACUCUCCUUCUUAAUCUCAUACUUACACGUUUCCCCUUCCUCUCACACGUACACACGCGCACACAGGCUCGUGUACGCGUAAUAAUGGCCUUCUGGGCGGGCUGGAGUGGUUCGUGUGCGCGCUUCAUCCACUACACAGGACGCUUCCACAUCCCGUACAGGAAAAGCGUACAUGUGUGUGUGUAUGUGCGUUUCUGUGUGUGUGUGUAUGUGUGUGUACGCGCCACACUGGAUCGUUUGUUUGUUAUUAAGUAAAGUGUGUCGCCCCCCCGAGAA